CUGACAUCCUGUAGUGACAGCCAGUGCUCGUCUCACUGUUGGUGUCCAAAGUGCUGCAGUACAUGGUGUCGCUGUUGGUGUAAAAGCUACUGCAAUACAUGGGCUGUGCUCUCACUACACUGCUGUUAGCUAGGCACCACACUACGGUUAUAGUAAAUGAUACUCAAGAAGGAAGAUGCCAAGAUGUGGUAUUUGGUAAUGUUGGCCCAUCUUGCCUCCUCCACCACUAUGCCCACCACCACUUCAGCUUCCACCGCUGCCUUCCCCGCCCGUGCCUCCUUCAGCGAUGCUUCAUCGGACAUUGGACCCACCAAUACUUCGCUCACGUCCACUCCCGUGCCUAUGCAGCAUGUAAAGCCUGAAGGUGUCAGACUGCUCAAGACAUUGAAACCUCUCCACUACCAAGUCAGACUUCAGCCUUUCAUCAACGGCAACUUCAGCAUUCAUGGUCAUGUUAAGGUGGACUUUUUGGUGCUGACAGCCACUCACUACGUCGUCCUUCAUAUGGCUGACAUAGUCAGCCUCAACCACACCACUAAG